AUGUGGCCGAGCAAAGGGAGCAAGAAAUUCUCCUUAGCUGUCGCACACCAUGUCCUCCCUCUGCUUGAGGCGACACCCGACGAUCCCCUAGAUCCGCAAGCAGAACAGAAGGAUGUCUUUAUGGGGGUGGUUGCGGAGCCUUCCAGGCCACGGCCGCGAAACGACCGCAAACCUCCAUCCCGUCGUUUCAUGCCCCGCUCAUUCCGCAAAGCCAUCCUAGGUGGUUAUGCACCGAGAAGCGAAUCUUCGCCAUCACAGUCACGGGCUAGGAAGGUGAUACCAAGAGAUCAGCGCUCGACCGAGCUCCUUGAACAGGAACUGCAGCUUGUUGCGCAUCGCCAGCCACAUCCCGAUCCAAUCCGAAAUAUCCUGACGAUGUUGAUCAAGCAGCGUCAGGUGAAAAUCGCCCCUCCUCAUUACGAGGCUUCGAUCUUGGCCAACUGUCAUCCAAAAUUGGGCUCCAUUGAAUCCGUUAAAUCUAUCGUACGAGAAAUAUUCCGCGAGGAGGUGCCCAUGAUUCCAGCGCUCACGUUCGCUAUUGUCAAGGUCUUGUCCGUACACCCCGAUAGCCUCUUUCGUGCAUACAUCACGGAUCUGAUGGAAUCACAAUGGAUUUCAAUCCCGCCUGCUGUUGCACAAUUGAUUGUUGUUGCGAUGAUCCGCGAGGGCCAAAUUGAGCUCGCCCGAGCCGAAAUUGGUAAAAUGCAUGAGAAAGGCACCGCCAUCUCAGACUGGGUAUGGUGCAUCCUUAUCCAUGCGCUCUGUGACCGGGGUGAUUGCGAAGCUAUUCUUGACCUAUGCUACACGCUCGAUGAUCAACACUUUUCGAUUCCACGGCCGACUCUGCUCCAUGUGUUGGACCAUGCCAGUUCAAUAAAGGAUUUGGAUUUGACAAAACACCUUUGGCAUACGUACGUCGAGUCUAUGCACAUAAUUCCAGAUGAGGCUCUUAGCAUGGCUGUGCUGCGUGUAGCUGCCCAUCACUCUGAUCAGAAGCUCGCGGAAUCAGUUGCGCUAGUCUUGGGAAGCGGGACGACUUCCACGCUUCCAUCACCCUUGGAGGAGUCUUCAAUUCUUGCUUCGAAUGGGGUGCUAGAUGCAUCCAGUGUUGAACCUCCCGUGCAUCGUGCGGCUGAGCACGACACAUUGCAUGCCUUGCCUAACGGAUCAGAAGCAUCAGAGGUAUCACUGAACAAGACGCAUAUUGAUGAUGGAGCUGUGAGUACACUUGAUGGCCAUUUAGAGGCCGGUAACGCCAUUUUGGAAAAGAACGCACGUGUGGACAAAGGACCUUCCCCAUCAAUCAGCACAAAAGGGACAGCAGAACCAGUCAAGUCAGGCAUCACGGCAGACCACAUUCAACCCCCUCUGCGCACAAUUUCCGCUGAAGCCAAGUCCCUCUUGGCCUGGGUACGCUCCUCUCGCAAUGGACGGAGCGUCUAUCGAAGGAAUCGUCGAGUAGGCAAUCUAUUCCCCGUCUUUCGCGAAGACAUGGGGCUGAGAGAUGCGAGGUUCGAUCCUAUGCUGGCUCUCAGGCGAAGGCAGGGCUGUGGCUACGGCCCGUUGCAAAGACCAAGGAGAAGAGGAUAA